AUGGGUUUUGCAAUGCAAUGCUCAAGCUAUGCCUAUUCUUGUUGUGUCCCUCAUCGGUUCACCCCAACCGCCCUAUCUUUUCCAGCUUGCAAAUGGAACGGAUUCAAGACCCAACCAAAGAAUCAGAUUGCUGUAUUCUGUGGUGCCGAGGAUCGAAGCUCCAACUUUGAUUCUCACAGGAAAAGAAGAAAAGUUGUGGAGCACAUUUGUCUGCUAAAAGCAAAAGAGGCUUUGUCCGAAGAAGAAGAGAAGGACAUGCUUGAUUAUUUGUAUACAACCCAGUAUCAAAUGGGUGGUAUUAUUGCAAUUUCAUUAGGGCGCGUUUCUGAUCAGAAUCCUGACCGGUAUACUCAUGCUCUGUACAUGCGGUUUCAGAAGAAGGAAAACCUUGAAAAGUUCUAUGAGAAUUCCUUUUACUCGAAGGUUCUCAAGGACCACGUAAUGACUUACUGCCAUGGAUUAAUUAAUGUGGAUUAUGAAUCUGAAGUCGAUGAUGAUAUGCUUUCUAUAUUUCGCAAAGGAGAGGAGUUUAGCCAUGGAGUGGAGUUUGUUCUUUUGUUAUCAUUUAAUGAGGAUGCCUUAGAUAACAAGGUGGAACAUGCAUUGGCGUCUUUGGCAACCGUGAUGUUGGAAUCUCCUUCCUUGAUAGUACAAUUUACGCAAGGUUUGAAUUUCAAUGAAAGCUCUAAGGAGUAUACUCAUGGAGUAGUGAUCCGAUUUCGAUCAGUUGAGGCAUUCAAGAUAUUUCUACGCAGUCAAGAAUACAAAGAUGUAUGGAUUUCGAAGUUGCAGCCUAUAGUCCUGAAAUCACUGUCUCUUCAUUUCUCUGUCGAUCCAGUGGGAACUGAGCUUAUGUAG